GUGUGUGCGAGAUCAAUAAAUUUAGAAAAAGCUUCAGAGUCUUUGAAAGGAAAUAUGGCUGCUUUUCUAAAGAAUGUGUGUCUGGGGUUGGAAGAUCUACAGUAUGUUUUCAUGAUUUCUUCACAUGAGCUUUUCAUUACAUUGUUGAAAGAUAAAGAACGAAAGCUACUUGUUGAUCAGAUGAGGAAGAGAUCCCCUAGAGUAAAUCUGUGCAUUAAGCCUGUAACUUCAUUUUAUGAUAUCCCAGCCUCAGCAAGUGUCAACAUUGGCCAAUUGGAGCAUCAACUUAUAUUGUCAGUGGAUCCCUGGAGGAUUAGACAGAUUUUAAUUGAAUUACAUGGUAUGACUUCAGAUCGCCAAUUCUGGACAGUGUCUAAUAAAUGGGAAGUACCUUCUGUCUUUAGUGGUGUUAUCCUGGGAAUUAAAGACAAUUUAACAAAGGAUUUGGUUUAUAUUCUCAUGGCCAAAGGUUUGCACUGCAGUAGUGUUAAGGACUUUUCCCAUGCUAAACAGCUGUUUGCUGCUUGUUUGGAGUUGGUAACAGAGUUCUCACCAAAACUUCGUCAGGUCAUGCUGAAUGAGAUGUUGCUUUUGGAUAUUCAUACACAUGAAGCUGGAACGGGGCAAUCAGGAGAGAGACCUCCUUCUGACCUUAUUAGUAGGGUGCGAGGAUACCUGGAAAUGAGGCUUCCUGGUAAGACUGUUUCACAGGGACAAAUUUCAGAAAUUCAGUACUCAAAUAAUU